UUUGUUGGAGACCAGUCUAGGAGGCGCUGCUCUGUCUGUGACCCGGAAAUAAAGGGCGGAGGAGCCGGUGAUCGGGUGUCGUCCUUGGGCUGGAGAUCUGCAGACAUGUUCCUCACGUGUAUAAACUUCGCCAAAGGAAAAUCCAAGGUGGUCCUGGUACAGAUGAUGAGUGCGGCCGGAACGGGAUACAGGUUCAACACUCGGAGGAACAAGCUAAAGGACAAGCUCAUCCUGAGGAAAUACGACCCUGUUGUAAAACAACACGUCCUGUUCCAUGAGAAGAGGAAAAUCCGCAGCAUAUAGUCACUGCGCGGAGAAAGGACCCUGAGGGGGCAGGGGACACGCCCGGUGUAUGUGACCCUGAGGACUGUGUCAGUGGGGAUGGGGCUGUGCUGCAGAGCUGGGAUCAGUAAUGCUGCUCCUGAGAAGUUCAUCAAUAAAGGACGUUUCUACCUUUGUA